AUGCCUGGCUUAAGUUUUGACAACUACCAGAGAAAUCAAUUUCUCUCAGCCAAUGGCUAUGCAGCACCCAAGGCCACCUCGACAGGUACCACCAUUGUGGGAGCCAAGUUCAAAGGAGGAGUAGUGAUUGCAGCUGAUACCAGAGCUACUACCGGCAGCAUAGUCGCCGACAAGAACUGUGAAAAGUUGCACAGAUUAGCUCCAAGAAUUUGGUGUGCUGGUGCCGGUACUGCUGCUGACACUGAGAUGGUUACCCAGUUGAUUGCGCUGAACUUGGAGUUGCACGCCAUGUGGCAGUCUCGCCAACCUCGUGUGAUCACUGCAUUGACGUUGUUGAAGCAACACUUGUUCAAGUAUCAAGGUCAUUUGGGAGCUUACUUGAUUGUCGCUGGCUCUGACCCCACUGGUUCCCAUUUGAUGUCGGUGCAAGCACACGGCUCAACCGACGUGGGCGAGUACCUUUCGCUCGGAUCCGGUUCCUUGGCCGCUAUGGCCGUUUUAGAGACAAACUGGACGCCAGAUAUGACUAGAGAAGAGGCGGUGAAGUUAUGUGCUGACGCCAUUGAGGCAGGUAUUUGGAACGACUUGGGUUCCGGUUCCAACGUGGACGUCUGCGUCAUGGAAACGGGCAAGGAUGCCCAGCUAUACAGAAACUACUUGACGCCUAAUGUUAGAGGUGCCAAGACACAGUCUUACAAGUUUCCUCGUGGUACCACGGCAGUUCUCAGAGAGAGCAUACGCGAUUUUGUCGAUGUCGAGGAGACUGUGGUUGAGUUGGGACGUCUGGACGCCAUGGAGGUGGAUGCAUAA